AUGGAAAACGGCAACGGUUACAAGGACUCGGAUUCCGUAACCCAACGACGCAAUGGGCAACGCGUCGACAUCUACAGCAAUGGGGCCACAAAAGAACAGGAGUCCUCUUUCCAAGGAAACGGAGUUUUUGUGCACGAUGGAGAGACACGAAUCGGCAUGAAAGGGCAACAAGUUCAACAGGAAAAGGAUCCAAGGAUGGCGACGGCUUUGCAGAAGCAUCAAUUCACGAUACUCGUCUUGUUGUUUCAAAUCCUUUUCUUCGUGAUCUUUGGUCUUUUUGCCAAGUAUGACACUGCAGCGAUGCCCAAUAAAGAUGGUGUCGAUGAUCCAAUUCCCGUUGCAAAGAUGUACUCAAUGUUCCAAGACACGCACGUGAUGAUCUACAUCGGUUUCGGUUUCCUAAUGACUUUCUUGAGAAGAUACGGUUUCUCAGCUCUUUCCAUUAACAUGCUUCUUGCGGCGUUCACCAUCGAAUAUGCGGUGAUUGUUCGUGGCUUUAUGGGGCAUGAGUUCCAGAAACACGGAUAUUUCACGAUCGGAUUAGAGCAAAUCUUGACCUCGGACUUCGCCGCGGCUGUGGUGCUGAUCUCAAUGGGGGCAAUGCUGGGAAAACUCUCGCCCGUUCAGUACAUUGUCAUGACGAUCUUUGAGAUCCCUGUCGCACUUGGAGCUGAGCAUUUUGUUGUGCACACGUUGAAGAUCAACGACGUCGGGGGUUCAAUCGUUGUGCACGCUUUCGGCGCCUAUUUCGGACUCGCUUGCAGCAAGGCUUUUGGACGGAAAGAGCAACGAGGACACCCGAAUGAGGGAUCCAACUAUCACUCGGACACAUUUGCAAUGAUCGGAGCCAUCUUCUUGUGGGUCUUCUGGCCAUCAUUCAACGCAGCUGUGGCUGAGCCAGCCGAUGCAAAACAUCGAGCCGUUCUCAACACCGUUCUCUCGCUCGCCUCGUGCACCGUGGCCACCUUCAUUGUCUCACAAGCCACAGAUCAUCACAAGAAAUUCGAGAUGGUCCACGUUGCGAACUCAACGCUAGCUGGUGGUGUCGCCAUCGGCACAGUGGCCAAUGUUUGCUUGUCUCCACUUCACGCGAUCAUUGUCGGAUUUAUCGCUGGAUGUGUUUCCGUCAUCGGAUACAGAUAUAUUACGCCUGUCUUGUCUGAGAAAUUGGGCAUGCACGACACUUGUGGAGUUCACAAUCUUCACGGAAUGCCCGCCGUGAUUGCCGCUUUUGCCUCGGUGGCCAUGGCUCUCUAUUAUAAUCCAGAGGAUUAUGGAAAGAGCUUGGGAACGAUCUAUGCUGGAAUGAAGACUGAAGAGAACAAGGAUGGUUUUGAUCAGACUGGCCAGGCUGUUCACCAACUCGCCGGCCUUGGCGUCGUUCUUCUCGCCGCGAUUAUUAGUGGAUUUAUUACAGGGUUCAUCCUCAAGCUGAAAGUCUGGAACCAAGUCCGCGAGAAGGAAUUCUACGCCGAUGCUGACUACUUUGAGACUCCAUCUGACUACGAUUUCACCUCAAGGAUCACCUCUUGCAUCGAUCAUGUCGACAUCAACGAACGAACUCCACUUCAUAAAGAAGCU